AUGAAAAAACAAGAAAGUUCUGAUUUUUUUUUUUCAGAAAGAAUUUUUGAUAUUUACUCUGUUUUUAAUGAUCCUUACGAGAAACAGUAUUUGAAAAAGUCUAUAAUAAAGGAUAUUCCUUCUGUUUUAUUAACACAUAUUCCAAAAUAUGAAAUUUCGGAUUUUCACCAGUAUUUAUCAGAAAUUUCCUCAGAAUAUGGUCGCUAUUCUUUAAGUAAGAAAAAUAAGGAUAUUAGUAAUUUUUGUGAGCCUGAGAUGGAUACUUCAAAGUUAGGUUUUAAUGAACAUAAUGUAUAUUCAUCGACGUGUUCUUCUAUAUCUUUUAAUGAAUCUUCUAAGUCUUUAAGCUCUAAAAAAGAAAGUUUUCCUUACGUUUCUUUGGAUAAAAUACCAGAAUCUAUAGAAAGCUCUUUGUCUUCUGUUCCUUCAGUUUAUUUUAAAUCUAACUUUGAACUUGAAAAUUCAAGAAUAUUUGACUUAGUUACAGAUAAUUCUACAAUCUUUGCUCAAAAUCCUAUUUCAGGAGAAUGUAAAACUUUCUUAAAUAAUACUAUUUUACAAGAAAAGUUAUCAUGGUAUUUGGAUAUUGUUGAAGUUCAUUUAAUAAAAGAAAUAAAUAAUGCAAGUACUUCAUUUUUUACAAUUAUAGAUUAUUUGCAGGAUUUAUAUAAAGAAUCUUCUACUUGUGUUGCUAGAAUAAAAGAAUUGAGGAAUAAAUUAGUUAAUAAUAAUAAUGCUUUAGUGGAACCUAGAUUAAAAAUUAUGGAGAUUAUGAAAAAAAAGGAAAAUUUAGCUAAAUUGAGUCAUGUUUUUAAACAUAUUUAUGAUAUUUUGCUUGAAUUAUCAGAAGUUCGUAAUUUAAUCAAGAAAAAAGAGUAUAUUUCUGCUUUGGAUACAAUAAACAAGAUUAAUGAAGAGAUGAAACAAAAUUUUGAUGACUCUGAAGAUAUACCUUUAUCAAAAAUUUCUGCUCUCUCAUCUGUUGUGAAAGAAUUAAAAAAUUUGACUGAAGAUAUUAAAAAUAAACUAUCGUUAGAAUUUGCAAAUUUAUUAAUAGAAGAUCAUAAGCAAAUUAUUGCAUCUGUUUCUUCAGAAGUUAUUUCAAAAUUUUAUUCAGAUUCUCUAAAAACAAAUGAAGUUAAAACUAUUAACUCAAAUUAUAUUAAUUUAGAUCAAGAUUUUCAAGAAAAAAUAAAAGUAAUAAUUGUAGGGAUUUAUAUGACAGAUUCUGUUGAAAAUUCCUUAGAAUAUUAUUAUGGUAUAAUUUUAAAAGAAGUUAAAAAUAUUAUAAUACAAAAUCUUUUACUUCAGGUUGAUAAUAGCCCUAUCAAUAUAGACGAAUUAUUGAAUCCAAUGACUAAAGAAUAUUCUAUUUUAGCUAAUUCAUUAAAAGAAAUGACACCUGAGGAUUUUCUUCAAAUGAUUGGCAUGAUUUAUGCUAGAAUAUAUUUAUUCAUAGAAAGAUUGUCAAUUUACCAAAAAACGAUUUUAGAUAUCACAUUAAAUUUAAUUAAUAAAUUCAAUUUUGCUAAUAAAUUAACAUCAAUGACAUCUAUAGAUAUUACUGAUAUUUUAGUAACUGUAGUUGAUGUUGUUCAAGUCGAAAUAGUAAAAGUCUUAAAUAUUAGAGCUCCUCAGAAUACUAAGCUUUUAGGAAACGAUAUUUUUCGUUUUUUUGUUUUACAUAAUCGUUUUUUGUCUCAAUGUGAAAUUUUAACUGGAAAGUUUGGAGAAUUGCUUCAAAAAACUGUUUUGUCUCAUAUUAAAGAAUCAAUUAAUAACUAUCAUUCUGAAAAGAUGUCUUUAGAAGUAUCAAUUCUUGAUAAAGAUCAAUGGAUUCCAGAAAAAGAAAUUACUGAGGAUUUUCAGAAUGUAGUUAAUUGUAUUAUAGACUCUGCUGUUCUUGAUCCAAUAUCAUGGAAAAAAGAUUUUUUGUUUAAUAAGAUUGAAAACUUAAAAUCUGAUGUUAAUUUUACUGAUACAGCUGGAAAAAAUUUGAAAUCAUUUAUUACUAUUAAAGAUGAGAAUUAUUUUGUUACUACAUCAUUAAUAUCUUUGUUUUUAAUUGUAGAAGAUUAUGCAAAGAUUUUAAUAUUGAUUCCCCCUCUUGCUUAUGAUAUAAGUAAUAAUUUAUUGGAAAUUUUAGAGUUAUAUAAUUUCAAAGUUUAUCAAUUAAUUUUAGGUGCAGGUGCAACAAAAACUUCAGGAUUUAAAACUAUAACAGCAAAACAUUUAGCAUUAGCUUCACAUUCAAUAUCUCUAAUUAUUUGUUUGAUUCCAUACAUUCUUGAAUUUAUGAAAAGACAUUUGGGAACUAUUAAUCUUUCUGAAUUUGAUCAAUUAGUAAAAGCUUAUAAAGAACAUCAAGAGCAAAUACACUUAAAAUUUAUUUCUAUUAUAUCUGAUAGAUUGGAUAUACUUAUUAAUUCGCCCUCAUGUGGAUUAAAAACGCUUGAUUGGUCAAAAGAAUUACCUAAAGCUGAAGAUGGUAGUCCGAAACCGCAUUCUUACAUAGAAUCCCUUGUAAGGGAUACUCUAACUCUUUAUAAAGUUUUAAAAAAAUAUUUAAAACAAGAUAUUACACAGAAUAUUAUCUCUGAAAUAUUAAACAUUUAUGUAAUUGUAUUGUCAAAGGAGUUUAGCAAUCUUUCUUUAGAAAUAGAAAAUUUAAAAAGUCACGUUUUAUUGGAUCUUAGAUACCUUGCUGAUAAUUUACGUAUACUUGGAAAUAUAGGAGAAGAAGCUGGAUAUAAAAUUAUUAAAAAUGUAGAAUCUAUGUUUGAAAAAAGUCAGAAAUGA